AUUGAAAGUACUUUUAUUCGGGAUAAAUGCAGUAAAACUUAUUCCUAUCCUUAUGUUCGUAGGUUUGCAGCUUAUUGUGAUGGAUUAUUGAGGUAUAUUCACUAUGAAUACGAGUGGAUUUUGAGGAGCGCUGGGUCUUCAUUUUUAGCAUAGUUAUGCCAUUUCACACAUCCUAUUGCUUAUUUAAGUGGUAGAAGAUUAUCAUAUAUUUUGAAAUAUUGGCAUGGAUGAGGAUAAAAUGGAUAGACAACAUUAAUGAGUGUUAUUCCUGGACGAAUAUAUAAUGUAGCAAAUAACCGACAAUCUUACACUAAAAGUAAUGAGAAUAUAUCAAGUUAUCAUAAAGUUGGUUACUUUUGUAAUUUCAAUAACAGAAGCACUAUCUCAUGAUCGGUUUUGCUUCCUAUACAAUAACACAUUACUGUCCAAAAGACAUGUGCUAUUAUCGCAAACAGAAAAUCAAUUAUCUACAGUUGAUGAUGUGAAUCUAGAUCCUGUAUUACCUCAAGUAGAGGAAAGUAUACAGGCAAACAAUCUUCUCUUCAGUUUCAAAUCAAGGGGUGACCAUAUAGAUGUAAAGUUACAUGCCCCCGUAGAGGCAUUAUGGAGUUUUGUUAAACGAAUCCUGCUUAAAUUCUACAGCUUAAAGCUUGAGAAUGAUUCUGGUACAUUUAAUUUGCUUCCAGUUGUCUUGUCUUGCAGUGGAGGAGUGGAUUCUAUGGCUUUAUUGCACUCAUUUGGAUUAAUAAAAAAGAACAUUACCAACCUUGUAUCCUCUCAUUUAUGGGAUAAACAACUAGGUGGGAACUUUUCAAAUCCGAAGGAAGUAGCGUUAAACUGCCUCGAGAACUUCUUUAAAAAUUUUCAUGUUGUUUAUGUGGAUCACCAGGUACGAGAUGAUACAGACAAGGAUAUAAAAUGUAUAAGUGAGGCAUGUAAAAAUUAUGGAUUUGAUUUUAUUGUCAAAAAAUUAGAACAUCAAGAACCAAAUACAGCUGAUACCUCAAAGGGUUUCCAAGAUAUGGCACGUGGAAUGCGCCGUCAUUACUGUGAAGAGCUGAUAAACACACUUCCACCUGUUCCGUUCUCCUUUAGAGAACUAUCAGAGCCAAUUAGUGCUGAUGUAACUUUUGAUAUGUUUGUAUUAUCAAAGGGUCAUUUAAAGAUCGAGAAUGUAGCUAGACAAUACUCUGAAGAGGAAAAAUUACUUGACAAAAAUCCAAGAGGUAUAGUAUUCAUGGGACACACUCUGAAUGACAAGAUCGAAACCAUUUUACAAAAGCUACUACGUGGUACGCACAUUUCUAAUCUGUCUGGAAUGAGACUAACUGCUAAUUUUGGUAAAGAUUCAGUAAUAGUACGCCCUUUUAUAGAUAUUCCUAAGGAUGAACUUAUAAAUUUCAUGAAUAUUAUUGGAGAAUCAUAUCAUGAAGAUUCUACUAAUUAUGAACAGACAUACAGACGUAAUCUUUUGCGUAAAAGGAUAUUUCCAGAAUUAUGCAACUUUGUUAACACAUCUAAAAGUGAAACCGAUAACACACGAGUAGCGAGAAGCCUUAGUACUCGCUUUAACAACUUAUCGAUCCAGAGUGAAGGCAUACAAGAUAUGAUAAAUUUUGAGGCGAAUAUGUUUGAAUAUUACAUUUUUAAAAAACAUGGGAACGUGCAUGACAAGUCUGUUAAUUUUAGUUCGUUUGAUUCGUAUGUGCUGGAGUCAUACUACGAAAUGUAUACCAAUCUAUACAAUAAAAAUGCUAGUCAAUUUUAUACAAAGGAAAUUGCCAACUUACAAAGGAAGAUUAGAUUUUUAAGGAGAAUUGGCCUUCUCAAUACAGAGCUGUUCCAUGUAGAUGAGUGGUUGUUGAUUCAAAACAGGAUGGUAAAGGAGGAAAUUUUGAGGCGUUACAUUCUUCGGCCUAAUAACAACCAGGAACUUAACUAUCGUGCUAUUUACGACAGUGUGCAAAAACUUGAAUCAAAUCCUGGAACUACUGCACCGAAGUAUUUUACCCUUUGUUCAGGAGCUAUUGUUCAUCAGCACUAUUAUCUGAAGCACACUAGCCUAAAACUGGAUGAUCUCACAUAUGAACAGGAGCCACAAUUCUCUGAUAGAUACUGCAAAUUCUAUGUUCAUGAUGGUAUCAAUGCUACAAUAAAAGGACAUGAACAACCAAAAUCUGACGAAUUUUGUCUGAAAUUUUUGGUACCAAUUGACCCAAAGACAAAUUCCAAUGGACUCUCGUUCGAUAUUAGGUUGAUUAGGAAUGACGAUACAGUCCCCUGUAAGUCUUUAUGGGUGCCAACUGCGGCAGCUUUAUUGGCAAGGAUGCAUUUUCCACAUAUUUUAAAGGAUGAAAUUCCGGUCAUUUCAGUGUCUGGUACAAAUCAAGUUAUAUGCUUCUACGGGGUUAACCUAAAUCCUCCAUAUUGUUCAAUUAUCCAGGAAGAACUUUUUAAUUCUGAUGAAUACAUAAAGCAACCAGAAUUUACAAUGAAAUACUAUAUACACGUGUCUAAAUGA